UUUGGCAGCGCGCAGUGGCUGACGGGAAAGAUCUUUUUCGCUUUUUUCCUCCCUGGCUGGUUUCCUCUCGGUUUAACUCGUAUUUCGGGAGUUGCGUAGAGUAUCGAUCCGACUGUUGUGACAAAAGAAAGAGAAAGAAGAAAAGAGAAAGGAAAUACAAAUAGAGGGGGAGGGGGUUACUCCUCGCCUCAAGACACCCAGCUCUAUACCCUCUCACCAGAGCGCUUUAGAAAAUGGCGGCCGACCUUCGCGCUGCUCGUGGGGCUUGUCGGGUCUCGUAGUCUUUUUCCUCUCCUUGCCCUAUCAGUAUCAAGGGCCCGGCCGCCAGAGAGAGGACUACGUUUCCCAUGCUUCCCCGCGCGCAGCCUGGGACAGACGGGAGCGAAUUGGACGAGCGCGGGGGCGGUUCCAGCUUCCCUCCCCCCCUCGCCUGCGCCGCGGCGGCUGGGGCUGCUGCGUCGGGUGAGGGAGCGCGAAUAUUGGAGGCACCAGCGGUGCUAACCUGGAAGCGCCAUGUACAAUGGGAUAGGACUCCCCACUCCCCGGGGCAGCGGCACCAACGGCUACGUGCAGCGCAACCUGUCAGCUGUGCGUCAUAAGAAGGAUCGCACCGACUACAAGUCGGAAGAGGAGCUGAAAAAGCUGGAGUCGUCCCUGGUCAAGAAACCCAACCAGGAUAUCCUGGACCACGAGCGAAAGCGGAAGGUGGAGCUGAAAUGCUUAGAGCUGGCUGAACUCAUGGAAGAGCAAGGGUAUGGAGAAGGGGAGAUCCAGGAGAAAGUAGCAACUUUUCGGAUGAUGCUUCUGGAGAAAGAUGUAGCAUUGGUCAAGGAGGGAGAACAGCAGCAGAAGCCGACUGUCACAGAGACGCAUCAAUUGGCUGAGGCCAAUGAGAAAAAGAAUGAGAGACUCCGAGCUGCAUUUGGGAUUAGUGACAGCUAUGUGGAUGGCAGCUCUUUUGACCCCAACCGCAGGGCCAAGGAAGCAGCAACAGCUGCAGCGGCCAAGCAGCAGCAGGACCAACAGAAGCAGUACAGUCUUGUCCGAGAGUCCAGCAGCUCCCGCUCACCAUCCCCAAAACAGAAAAAGAAGAAGAAGAAGAAGGACAGAGGCAGGUCUGAGAGCAGAUCACCUUCUCGGAGAGAGAGGAAGAAAAGCUCAAAGAAAAAGAAACACAGAUCUGAAUCAAAGAAAAGGAAGCACAGGUCUCCAAGUCCUAAGAGUAAACACAAAUCCAAGGAAAAGAAACGGAAGAGGUCCACCAGUGAGUCCGCAUCUCAGAAAGGCCACCGAGAUCGCUCUUCCUCCCCAGAUGGUUCUUCCUCCUCCAGUGCUUCCCGUAGCAGGUCACGCAGCAUCACAACCCAGAAACGGGCCCCUGCCAGACGGCAAAGCAAAUCCCCUUCAGUGUCUUCACGGAAGGCAGGAGAAACUGAGGCGAUUCUGAAGAACCCGACAGAUAGAGAACGUUCAUCUUCUACUGAGCCUGCCCGGCGGGGCAGGAGCACAAGUCCUCGAGAGAGCAGAGAAAAGCGGGAGAAAACCAUGUCUAAGCAUUCUCCAGUACAUGAGACCCGCCACCGCUCCACCACGCCUAUUUCUCCUGCUAGAGAGAAAGAUAGAGACAAGGAGAAGUCUGCUCGCCGUGGGAGUCGGAAAUCCACCCCAUCAUUUGAGCGAGAGUCACAGUUGAAGCAUUGCUCCCCGGUGCCCAAAGAUGCAUCUCGGGAAAGAAGCUUGGGACACAAGCAUUCUUCUUCUAAAGAGAGCAGAUCUUCUACCCUUGCCUCCCCGUCCCCUAAGAAGCCAUCAGAGGAUCGUAAUGGGACCCUUCCACCAUCCAAGGCUAAGGCAUCCCCUGAACAGAGGCAGCAGCUGGCAGCUCCCUCAUCUUCUCCUGCUUCUAAGGCUAUUGAGACCAAGUUGAGGAAGUCCUCUCAGGAUGGCUCUCCAUCCCAACGCUCCCGUUCUCCUUCGGAGAGUGGUAGUUGCUCCUCCUCUUCCUCCUCUUCCUCCUCUCCUUCCCCAGCAAUCAAGCCAGUCCUGGCUUCUCGUAGCUCUUCCCCUGAGCCCCCAAAAAGGCAAGAUAAGGCCUCCACACAGAGAGACAGGUCUAGCUCUUCCCCUGAAGUCUCCCGCUCUGGGCAAAAACAGUCUGCCAAGGUCCCAUCUCGGCGUGAGCGAUCAGGCACCCCUCCAGCCAAGAGCAUCAAGUCAAGGACCAGUCGAAGGGAGAAAUCUCUUUCCCAAACACCUGUUGCUCGCAGAGGUAGAUCUCGGUCCCGUACCCCACCAAAGAGGGGCAGAUCACGUACCCCUUUGAGGAGGGGAAGGUCUCGCUCUGCUCAGAGACGUGCCCGAUCUCGUUCACGCACCCCUCUGAGAAGAGCCCGUUCUCGCAGCCCUCAGUGGCGAGGCCGGUCAAGAACACCCCAGCGAUGGGGCAGGUCACGGUCACGCACUCCCCCUAGAUGGGGUCGGUCUCGUACCCCUCAGAGGCGUGGCUGGUCCCGCUCUAGAACUCCCCAAAGGCAUGGUUGGUCUAGAAGCAGAAAUAGUGGGAGAUGGGGAAGGUCAAGAACACCACCAAGAAGGGGUAGGUCGCGCUCAAGAACCCCACCAAGGAGAGGCAGAUCUAGAUCUAGAACUCCUAGACGAGGGAGGUCUAGAACCAGAACCCCUCCCAGGAGAGGGAGGUCUAGAACCAGAACCCCUCCCAGGAGAGGGAGGUCAAGUUCUUCACCAAGGAGAGAGAAAUCCUUAAUUUCUGGUAGGCGAAGCAGAUCUGUGUCUUCUCCAGAACAGAAGGCAUCCAGAAUUUCCUCAAGGAGGAGCCGAUCUAACUCCUCCCCCAAAAUGAGAGAGAGGUCCAGAAAACCAUUGAGACGUAGUCCAUCUGGUUCAUCUCCUGAAACAAGAUGCAGAUUACGAGCAUCUCCAAGGCGCAGUCGAUCUGGAUCACUUCCAAAGAUUAAAAAGAAAUCCCAGUUAUCUCCCAGAAGUCGUUCAGGCUCAUCUCCGAGGUCAAGGAAGAAGAAAUCAAGAACGCCCCCACGGCGCAGUCGCUCUAGUUCUUCUCCAAGGCCAAAAAAGAAAUCCAGAUUAUCUCCAAGGCGAAGCAGGUCUGGUUCUUCUCCAGCACCAAAGAAGAAGUCGAGGUCACCUGCCAGGCGCAGCCAAUCUGGAACGCCUCCAGCACUAAAAAAUAAAUCCAGAAUGUCUCCAAGAAGCAGAUCUGGCUCAUCUCCAAGACUCAUAAAGAAAUCUGAGGUUUCUUCCGUAGUUGAAGAGAAAUCUAAAAUGCCUUCUAGAAGAAGUCGCUCUGGUUCAUCACCAGCAUUGAGAAGGAAAUCUGAAUCUCCUGUAAGAUGUAGCAGGUCUGGGUCUUCUCCAGAUCUAGAGGACAGUUCACCGAGCAGGCAAGACAAAAAUUCUCCAGAACUGAAAACAAAGUCAAAGUCAUCUUCAAGAUCUCCAGGGUUGAAGAAGAAAUUGAGGUCACCGCCAAAGCGAAGCCCAUCUGGUUCAUCUCAGUCAUCAACAAAGGAAAACUCACUGUCACCUCCAAGACGAGCAGCCUCUCCAGAAUCCAAGUCCACACCUCCAUUGCAGCGAAGCAGAUCUGGGAAAUCUCUAGCAGUGAAAGAAAAACCUAGGUCACCACUCCUAAGACAGAGUAGAUCUGGAUCACCUCCACCGUUGAGAGAGAAGUCUGUCUCCCCUCCAAGGCGAACUGCAUCUGGAUUUUCCUCAGAACUGAAGACAAAAUCGGUUUCACCACUAGAGAAAUGCAAAACUGACUCUUCUCUGGAGUCGAAGAGAUCCAGAUCACCACCAAGGCGGAGCCGAUCUGGUUCCUCUCCAUUGAUCAAAGAGCAAUCUAGAUCACCUCCCAGAAGCAAAUCCAGAUAUUCUCCUGAUACAAAGAAGUCCACAUCACCUUUGAGGCAAGUCAAGUCUGGACUCUCUCCUUCAGCAGUGAAAGAGAAGUCUAGGUCACCUACCAGAAGUGGAUCCAGAUCGUCUCCUGAAAUAAAUGGCAAAUCUAAAUCUCCUCCAAAGCAAAAUAAAUCCCAAGAAAUUAAGGUAAAAUCUGGAUCACCUGCAAGGCACAACAAAUCUGGUUCCUUGGCAGUAAUGGAGAGAUCAGUAUCACCAUGCCAGAAGAGUAAGUCAACUUCAUCUCUCUUUGAGAAAGAGAAAUCAAAAUCACCCUCAAGGCAAGGCCAGCCUGGGUCAUCACCAGUACUUAAACAGUCAGAGAUUCCUCCUAGACGAAGUAGAUCUGGAUCUUCUUCCUCAUCAUCAUCUUCAUCGUCGUCCUCUUCAUCAUCCUCUUCCUCUUCUUCCUCAUCUUCUCCUGAGGAAGAUAAAUCUCGAUCACCCCCAAGAUUAAGCCGCUCUGCUACAUUGUCAGUCAACAAAUGCAAAUCUGUAUCAUCUCCAGUGCACAGCAGGUCAGAUUCCUCUCCAGAACCAGAGAUCAGCAUACCUGCAGCUGUUGCAAAGCACAAUAGAGUUGGAGCUUCUCCAGAAGCAAGAGAGACUCCCAGAGUUUUGGGGAUUGGGCCUAGGUCACCUCUGGAGAAGAAAGAAGCACCCAGAGAUGCAACUCAGAGGAGCAGAUCAGGUUCAAAUUCUGGGAUUAGAGAGAAGCCAAGAACAUGCCGCAGUGAAAGCAGUUCAGAGUCUUCCCCAGAACAGGAAAAUAAAUCUGUAAGCAGGUCUGUGUCACCUCCAAGACCUACAGUGAAGUCAAGAACGCCUCCAAGACGCAGAACCUCAAGGUCACCACCUAGGCCAAGAGCAAGAUCCAGAACUCCACCAAAGCGUGGCAGGUCGGGGUCACCACCAAGACCCAGAAUGAAGUCCAGAACUCCUCCAAGGCGCCGCAGGUCAGGAUCAUCUCCAAGACCCAGAGUGAAAUCCAGAACUCCUCCAAGGCGCCGCAGGUCAGGAUCAUCCCCGAGACCUAGAGUGAAGUCCAGAACUCCACCAAGGCGCCGCAGAUCUGGAUCAUCUCCAAGAGUCAGAGUGAGAUCUAGAACUCCACCACGGCGACGGAGGUCUGGAUCAUCCCCACGAUCCAGAGAUAAAUCUAGAACACCAGUUACAAGAAGGCGAAGAUCCAUUUCACCACGUAGUCCUAGACGGAAAUCUAGAACACCCCUGAGGUGUGGAAGGUCCAGAUCACACUCUAGGCAGAACACCAGAACACAUCUAGAUAGGUUCGAGUCAUCAUCCCACCGUGACAGACUUCGAACCUCUUUCCGACGGGGAAGGUCUGGCUCCACCUCAUGGAGGAGUCGCUCCCGUUCACUUUCCAGGAGACGAGAGAAGUCAAGGGGCUCAUUACGGAGGGAAAGGUCCAUCUCCUCUCCAGGCCGUAGUCGCUCACGGUCCCCUUCAUGUCAGGACAAAUCCCGCUUCCCUUGGAAGGCCGAGCCCUCUGUUUCCUCACCAUGCAGAGGUCAUUCCCGAUCACCAGCACGGAGAGAGAUGGUGAGGUUGUCCCCACAGCGGUCUGCCACUAGUCGGAAUGCAUCCCGUUCACCUCCUAGGUUAGAUGCUUCCCGUACAACAGCAGCCUACAAAGGCUCUGGGUCCAGAGUGUCUCCUGACUUCCGGUCAUCCCCUGUGAGGAAGCAUUCCAGGUCACGCUCCCGGGAAAUCUGCGCCUCUCCAGGAAGGAAAUCCCGCUCCCCUCCAGUUCUGGAGAAGUAUUCCAAGUCUGAUAUCCAGGAGAAACCAGCAGCCUCCUCCCUUUGGCACAGCAAAAGUAACACUGCCGCUCCUAAAACCCCAACUCCACCUCACGAGGACUCUCCUAAAUUGCAGAAGACUCUGCCUCCUCCAUCCAUGCUACAGGAAUCGCCUGCAGUAUUGAAGAACGGUGGUUCUGUGACCCUCCGAGACAGCCCAGGAGACAGGAGUCAGGCCUUGCACCCUGCCAUAGUCAGGGAUGAGACAAGUGCUGGUGCUCCUUUGUCAUCAGGGAGAAGCAGUUCCCAUUCUGGAUCCCCUCCUCCUCCUGCUAAAGCUAGGUCGUCGUCCUCCUCCUCCGCUUCCUCUAGCCCCUUGCCAGCCUUGGUUUCUGUGCUAGCCCAGCCCCCCAAAGAGGAGGAGUUGGCUUCUGAAGGAAAAGCAGCAGACAGGCCUGAAGCUCGCCUCCCCACCCUUGAGGCUGAGCUGCAGUUGGCUUCCAUUGCCACUGAGGAAAACAGCAAGAGCUGCUGUCCCACAGCCCCACAACUGGCCCUCCCCUCCCCACCAUCCUCUGCCCCUUUGAAGAUGAAGAGAAGUUCAUCCGCUUCAUCCACCACUUCGUCGUCAUCCUCGUCCUCUUCGUCAUCGUCAUCCUCGUCCUCUUCUGAUUCUGAAUCCAGCUCAUCGGAGUCCAGCCCCCAUGAUCAGCCAGCAAAGGACCUUGAGGCUGAGAUUGUACUGAAACAGCCACCAAGCCCAGUGCAGAAGGAGGGUAACCGUGAGGAGAGGCCUCUGGAAUUGGGCAAGCGUAAGCAACGUUCUCGGAGUUCCAGCAGUUCCAGCAGCAGCUCUUCCUCCUCUUCUUCCUCCUCUUCCUCUUCAUCAUCAUCCUCUUCCUCAGCCUCUUCAUCGUCAUCGUCAUCGUCGUCCUCCACCUCAUCACCGAAGACUGGACCCCAGGCACAGGUUAAGGUGGCCACCAAAAAGAAGCCGUCACCAGAGCAAAGAAAGUCCCGCAGUCCCCGGAAACCUAUCGAUUCCUUGCGUGAUUCACGCUCCCUCAGCUACUCCCCAGCAGAACGACGUCGGGUUUCCCCUCCCCCUCAGCCUCCUUCAGCUCUGAGGGACCGACGCAGGGACAGGUCCAGGGACAGAUCCUUACAGAGAAACAGACGAAGCAUCAGCAGGUCCCCAGGACGGAAACGGCGACGCAAUUCCCCCAGCCCCCGAGCCACCCGCCGCAGAACUUCAAGGUCCCCCUAAGCCUUUUGGAAGGUCUGGAAAGCCCGUUCCCUUGCAACCAUAGACUGCGCCACCCCAGCCUCCCACAGUGCUGUCCCAGGUGGGAGCCCCGUCUCUUGAUGCCCACUGGAAACCAGUGUGUUGCGCAUGCGGGGGGGGCCUCUUCAUUUGCCAUUGGCUUUUUAUUCUCAUUAGUUUUUUCCUUCACUGUCCCUGUCUUUAUUGCCCAUCAUUUGUCGGCAGCUACAUUCCCCUCCUCCCUGGACAUCUCUGCUCAGCACUCACCAGGAUCCGCCACCUCUGCGCUCCUCCUUCUCUUCAACAGUUGGUGAUGUUCAUUUUUAUUUUUUUCUCCUGUGAGCGUUUUUUCUGUGCGUUUUACAGCUAAAAUCUUUACUUCUGUGUUUUGAGAGAGGGGUCUCCUUUUUUGUUGAUUUAGACAUAAAAGGUUUAAAAAAUAAUAAAACACAAAAGGGUUGGGGGGUGGGGGGUAGGGAGAUAUGUGAGCUAAUCUGUUUGAUUUAGUGUUUCUCAGGCACCCCUCUCUGAAGAAGGUGGAGGGUUGUAGGAAAAAACUGAUGGUGUGCAUGAUAGCAUUGGAGUUCAGUGUGGGAGCUUUUGCCAUUCAGCAGCUCUCCCUCCAUUGCCCACUGUUUCAGAACAUCCCCUAAAUGGCAAGCUAGCUUUCUGGUGAGAAAGGAGGAUCUUUCUUUUGGCAGCAUGCCACAGCUGGGUUGAUUUUCGAUGCUGGCAAAAUUGAGGGUUGGACCACUUCCUCCCUCCCGCCCCGCCCACAACAAACAGAUUUUAAUAUGUGAUGCUCUUUUUCCUUUUUAUCUCUCCCUCAAAGCAGACCCUUUAAUAUUGAUCAGCUGAGCCAGGUCAGGAGGGGUCGGGAUGGGGACUGGAAUGGGAGCGGUCAGGCAUUUUAUGGGGGAAAGUGAUGGAGAUUUGCUGGAAUGAAGCCGAGAAACCCUAAAUCAGGGAGGGAUGGGAACAGAAGUUUCUUCAUAUUUCUUAAAAGCAUUUAAUUUUUUUUGAUAUGUACAGCAAGGAGAUUUUUUCUGUCAAAUAAAAAACUUAAGAAAUGCAGAAA